AUGAAUAGGGAAUAUAAAUAUAUCAUUUAAGCAUAUGAAUAAACAUUUGGAUACUUGUUAGAAACUUAAAGAAUAUAAUAUUAAUGGUCGACAAAUUUGACUAGCAUACAUCCAUAUUUAAAUGAAGAACGAGGAAAUCUAACUAUGGCCCUAGCUUAACUAUUUCAAUUAAUGCUAUAAAAUGAAUUUCCAACUUAAUAUGUAACGAUUACAUUGGUCACAGAUGGAAGAGAGCCAUUUGAUAUUAAUGCUAUUAUGGAAUUAUGCCAAUAGAUUAAAUUACAUUUCACAGUCUAAAUACUUUGUAUAGCAUUUGGAAAUUAAUUUCCAAUAACCUUAAUAAAUAGUUUAAAGGAUGCGAUUUAAAAUUAAGAUUUCAAAACCCAAUCAUUUUUUUAAAUUGCCCGUUCCGAUUAUCAAAGCUAUGUAUAAAUUAAGAAGGAAUUGCAAUAUGCAUUUCAAUAAAUUAGUCAAAAUUUAAUAAUGACUCCUCAAAAGCAUUUUCUCAACUUUGAAGUGUUUACCUCAAUUACAUUAAGAUAACCUCAAAAUUAUAUUGCAUCAAACGAACUGUUUUUAGCAUGGAGUGAUUAAAAGAUAAUUAUAGGGGACCAAUAAAUAGAAAGCAUCAAUUCAACAAUUUCUAUAUUGUAAUUUUUACGGAAAUCUAUAUAAAAUAUUUAUGCCAAUAUAGACCUUCAGAUUGAUCAGAUUAUUUAAGAAUUUUAACAAGCAAUAUAAUUUGUUAGAAAAAUUAACAUUGAAUCAAAAGCAGAACAUACUUAAGAACAAGAAAUUGUCAAUUUAAUUUUAAAAAUUAUGGAAUAAAUAGAAUUUGCUUAUAAUAAUUAAGACAUCAUUUCGUCAUAAUAUUAGAUAGAAUAGUUCAAGUAUUUAAUUAGUUGUGAUAACCCGAAUAAUUUUAAGGAUUUUCUUGAUAAUUCAAAAAUUACUGAAUCAUAAGGUCAAUUUCAAAACUUUGCUCUGAAUAUAAAGACCCAAUUAUAAAUAUUAUUGACUUUUAACAAUUCAAAAUAAAAUUAGGAAUAUGAAAUCGAAUUUUUUUUUAAAUAUACUAAAAUACUUAAAUAUUGCAUAAAGAACAUUUCUUAGGUUUUGGAAGCCUUACCUCCUAAUACUUUAUAAAAAACACUCUAAGAAUUAAUAGGAUCUUUAAUUAAGCUGUCAAAAGAAGUGUUUUCCUCAGAAUAUUUUAAUAUUUCUACAAUUGAGCAAUAUUAACAAUUAUUUCAAAUUAAUGAAUAUUUUCGAUACUUAAAAAGGCUAUAAACUGAAAAUAGCCUAAAUGAAAUAAAAUUAUUAAUCAAUUAAAUAUCAACUCUAGACUUAGAUAUUUAGAACCCAUUAGAUCCUUAUUUUUAAUUAAGUUACCUACCUUUACUUAAUUUUAACAAUUAGGAAUCCAUUCUUGAAAAAUAUCUCAUUUUUGUAAUUGAUAAAAGGGAGGAAUUGAAAAUAUAUACCGAUCCAUUUCUAAAAAGUUAUGGUGAGAUAUUUUCUAAGAUAUCGCAAAAAAAGCGAAUGGAGGUUUAUUGGUACAAUAAUCCUACAACAAACUUCAAAAUACAUAACAAUAAGGAUUUUGAAAAAAUCGAAUUUCAGUCAUUUAAACUUUUAUUAGAUUCCUUGAAAGACAAAUUACAUUUAAAAAAAAAGCAAAUUCAAUUAUUAAUUUUAACUGAUAACGAAUAAUCUUAUGAAAAUUUACACUUUUAGAUAAGAUAUGCUGAAUUCUCUAAUUAUAAUUUUAAAAUUAUACAUAUUUCAAUUGGAAUGAAAUUGCUGUCCUAUUUAGAAAAUAAAUUUAGUUAAUAGAAUAAUUCGUAAGCUUAACAAAACAAAGGAUUAAUUAAAAUCAUCCCUAAACCACAGUUUAGCUAAUAGACUAAUUAAGAAUAGAAUUCUUAGAGAAGUAAUAACAACCAAAAAAUUUUAUAAGAAAUUGCUAAUUAUAUAGACAUUUUAAAUUUUUGA